CCUUUCAAACGACAACAAUCGACGAAAAGAGUCGACGAACAAAAAAGAUCGACGAACCAAAUGACGUUUCGCGUUUCCGGGCAAAAGACCAAGAAAAAGAAGAAAAAGCUUCCUUUUCGUUGACAGCUCUUUCUCGUCGCAAGAGUCGAUUUUCUAGCUGCGAUGGCUCCCCGCAAGAACAAAACCGUAAAGGAAGAGGUGCAGGUUUCGCUGGGACCGCAGGUCCGCGAGGGCGAGAUCGUGUUCGGAGUGGCCCACAUCUACGCCAGCUUCAACGACACCUUCGUCCACGUCACGGAUCUGUCCGGCAAGGAAACCAUCUCGCGCGUCACCGGCGGCAUGAAGGUCAAGGCCGAUCGUGACGAGGCCUCGCCGUACGCCGCUAUGUUGGCCGCUCAGGACGUCGCCGAAAAGUGCAAGUCGCUGGGAAUCACCGCGCUGCACAUCAAGCUGCGUGCCACCGGCGGAAACCGCACCAAGACCCCGGGACCGGGUGCCCAGUCGGCGCUCCGCGCCCUGGCCCGUUCGUCGAUGAAGAUUGGCCGCAUCGAGGACGUGACGCCGAUCCCGUCCGAUUCGACCCGCCGAAAGGGAGGUCGCCGCGGUCGUCGUCUGUAGAGAGGAGUGUUUUUGUGGUUGCUUUUUUUGUGGCGCGCGCUGUGCGAGUUUCCCCAAUUCCACACUCAGAAAUGUAAUUAAUGAGGAAUAAAAUCGGAUGAAAAAGUUAAACCAACCCA